AUGAAGCGGCAGAACGUGCGCACACUGUCCCUAGUAGUUUGCACAUUCACAUACUUGCUAGUAGGUGCUGCGGUAUUCGAUGCAUUAGAAUCGGAAACCGAGAGAAAAAGAUGGAAUCAUCUUUUAGAACUAAAAGCAGCUUUGGUGAGAAAAUACAGCAUAAGCGAAGAUGAUUACAGGAUGAUGGAGGUUGCUAUCAUCGAAAACAAGCCUCACAAAGCUGGACCACAAUGGAAAUUUGCGGGCGCGUUUUAUUUCUCCACAGUCGUUUUGGCUAUGAUCGGUUAUGGGCACUCGACACCAGUGACAAUUGGUGGCAAAGCAUUUUGUAUGGCAUACGCUAUGGUGGGCAUACCAUUAGGACUUAUUAUGUUCCAGAGUAUUGGUGAACGUUUAAAUAAAUUUGCGUCCGUAGUAAUUAGGAGGGCCAAACAGUAUUUAAAAUGUAAAAAGGAAGAAGCCACGGAAAUGAAUCUAAUGUUCGCCACUGGACUACUGUCGUCCGUUAUCAUCACCACUGGUGCGGCCGUGUUUUCAAAAUACGAAGGAUGGAGCUAUUUCGAUAGUUUUUAUUAUUGCUUCGUUACGCUCACCACCAUCGGUUUCGGAGAUUACGUCGCUCUACAGAACGAUCAAGCCUUGACGACAAUGCCGGGGUACGUGGCACUUAGUUUGGUGUUCAUUUUGUUUGGACUCGCCGUUGUUGCCGCCAGCAUCAACUUGUUGGUACUGCGUUUCAUGACUAUGAACGCAGAGGAGGUGAGGCGCGAGGACAACGAGCUGCAAGGCGUGUCACAGCACGUCAUCACCGUUGACGGCGAAGCGGUGACGUCCGUCAACGGAAAACUGUUGGCCGGACACACGGUCGGCCGGGACGCGGGUGACGACGUCGACCAGGUGUCCGUUUGCUCGUGCACGUGCGUGGGACCGGUGCAGUACGACUACAACCGGGACAUACGGCCGGCGGAGAGGGCGGCGGCAAACGCAGCGGCAGCGGCGGCCGUGGUCUACAACAGUCCGCCGACCGAACAGCCCCUGCUGUCCAUGAAGCGGGUGUCCAUAUAA